UGCGUCGUUCUCAGUCCUAGCUGAACCGCCGUGACGGGAUUACGUUGCGCAGUGUCGAAAGUGAACCACACGUGAACCACCCCGUUUGUACCAGAGCGGAGAAAAAGGGAAGAAGGAUCUAAUAUUAGGGAAUCCAAAAGUAAGACCCAAGAGUCACACGGAUCGUGAAAACGUGGAAAUUUAACGCGGAAUCCGCCGAGAAAGCGACGUACUAAACGUAUUGAAAGUAGGAAACCCCGAUCCCCACAGGAAGCCAACGUUAAGGGAUGGCCAAGAAAGGGAAGGCUAAAAAUGGGACCACUGAAGGUGGCCAGGAAGUAGCCGCUCCACCAUCACCGGCAGCCGCCGCUGUUCCGGUUCCGGCGCCAGUGAAACCCGUGCUCGAGAAACCGGUGAAGGAGGAACCGGCCGCUAAGCCACAACCGAACGUGGAAAACGGUACCAAUGGAGAUGGUGCUGGUAUCAACCGUAAGAAUAGCCGCCGCAACAGCAAGAAGAAGCCGGCUGGCGAGAAACCGGCGGCCAAUGAGGAGCAGCAGGCGCCCAAGGAAGAGGCAUCUUCCACGAAGUCAAUCAAGAAGCGGCUGCGCAAGAAGCGUACGAGGCUGGUGCACGCCCUAGAGGUGGCCACAACCAAUCCGGCCGGUGAGUCGGCGCAAUCUUUGGAGGAGCUGCGCCAGAAGAUCAAGGCCGUCGAGAAUCUGCUGCGCGAAGUGCAGGCCAAAGCUGAAGAGGAGCAGAAGAAGGUAGAGAGCUUGAAGGAGGCACAAGCCGUCCAGGCGAAACCAGCGGAAUCGGAAACGAAGGAGCCACGUAAUCGCAAAACGUCGGAAUCAUCGUCCAAGAAUCUGAGCACCGAAAAGACCCGCAAGGAGGCGGAAGCUAAGAAGCUGGCAACCGAGAAAGUGCAAAUGCAGAAUGAAGCGAAGCGUUUGGUGGAGGAGAAAGUCAAAAAGGAGCAGGAGAUGAAGAAGCUGAUCGAGGAGAAGGCUAAGAAGGAUGCGGAAGCAAAGCGUUUACUGGAGGAGAAGGCGGCCCGUGAAGCGGAGUUGGCGAAGCUGAAUCAGGCCAAGGCCCGCGUUGAGACGGUGGAGCAAAAGAUCAACGACCUCGACCAGAAGCGUAAGGAGACUGAUGCUCAGAAAGACCAAAAGACUGCCCCUGGUAGCCCGAAACAGAAGAAGGAACAGGCUCGUACGCGCAAGGACUCCGAAUCAAGCAAGAAAAAGGAGGCAGAGGAUAAGGCCAAGAAGGAAUCGGAGGAGAAAAUCAAACAGGAAGCGGAAACCAAGGCCAAGAAGGAAGCGGAAGAGAAGUUGAAGAAGGAGGCGGAAGCCAAAGCUAAGAAGGAAGCAGAAGAGAAGUUGAAGAAGGAAGCGGAAGCCAAAGCUAAGAAAGAAGCGGAAGAGAAGCUGAAGAAGGAAGCUGAAGCCAAGGCUAAGAAGGAAGCGGAAGAGAAGCUGAAGAAGGAAGCGGAAGCCAAGGCCAAGAAGGAAGCGGAAGAGAAGUUGAAGAAGGAAGCGGAAGCCAAGGCCAAGAAGGAAGCGGAAGAAAAGUUGAAAAAGGAAGCGGAAGCCAAAGCUAAGAAAGAAGCGGAAGAGAAGCUGAAGAAGGAAGCGGAAGCCAAGGCUAAGAAAGAAGCUGAAGAGAAAUUGAAAAAGGAAGCGGAAGCCAAGGCCAAGAAAGAAGCGGAAGAGAAAUUGAAGAAGGAAGCCGAAGCCAAGGCUAAGAAAGAAGCGGAAGAGAAGCUGAAGAAGGAAGCGGAAGCCAAGGCUAAGAAGGAAGCGGAAGAAAAGUUGAAAAAGGAAGCGGAAGCUAAGGCCAAAAAGGAAGCGGAAGAGAAGUUAAAGAAGGAAGCAGAAGCCAAGGCCAAGAAGGAAGCGGAAGAGAAGUUAAAGAAGGAGGCGGAAGCCAAGACCAAGAAAGAAGCGGAAGAAAAAGCUAAAAAAGAAGCGGAAGACAAACUGAAACAGGAAGCGGAAAAGACCAAGAAGCAAGCCGAGGAAGAAGCGAAGCGGAAAUCGAAUGGAGAAGCCCCGAAGCAACAGAACGGAUCUGCAGCCACCGCAACGCCCCCGGCCGCUCCAAAGCAAGAGGCGAAAAACAAUAAUAAAAAGAAUAAACGAACUCCCAAGAACAGUGUGUCGGAGGACGAGAAGCACACCAUCAAGUCCCGCACGCCCAAGAACAGUGUCUCCGAAGACGACAAGAGCGCAGCCAAGGUCCAGACAACCGGUUCAAAAAACGGCCAAAGCGGCGAUUUUGCCUCCUCUGUUGAGCCCGUCUCGGUAGUGGCAGCGAAAUCGCAGGAGCAAUCAUUACAAUCACCCGCCUCCCCAGUCCCAGCAGCAAAGGCAGCACCGAAGGCAGCCGGAAACGCUAAGCAACAGACACAGCAGCAGCAGCAGCAACAACAGCCAAAAACUCCGGAAAAGACACAGCCACCUAAGACUGCCGCAUCACGAGCUUCUCCACCAAAGACCACUGCCAAGGCUCCUUCUCCACCGAAAACGGCAGCAGCCCCUAAACCUAGCACACCACCUGCAACCAAGAAACCCGAUCCGCCACCAAAGCCCGAGUUCCUGAAGCGGAAGUCUCCCUCGGUAGAAAAGGAUAAGCCUCCCAGCCCAGCGGUCAAGGUAGCACAGGCACCGCCUGUAGCUGCAGCACCUUCAGGCAAACCUGCCCCAGCUUCAGCACCAGCUCCUGCCCAAGUUCCUGCCAGCAAUGAACCAGCAACGGCUGCAGCGCCAGCGCCAGCGCCAGCAGCAGCAGCAGCAGCCGCAGCAUCCCGGCUCACCGAUGAAACCGUCAAUGGAGUGAACAAGCCUGCCUCUUCUCCCAGUGCGGCAGCUGCUGCAGCGGCUGCCACCGGUGCCAACAACAAAUCGAAACCGGCCCAGAAGAAACCGGAAGUGCCACCGAAACCGGACGUACAUAACAAGAGUGCCGCCAAGAUGAAGACCCCGAUCAAGCAGCCGGGCGGCAAGGCCUCGACGGUCGCCGGUAGCGGAGCAAAGUAGAACCGAAGCAUUUAAGAAAAACAUGGACAUUAUAUCGACCAUAGCGGACGUGCUGUUGUCCUAUCCGCGCUCGAAGCGCAAUCGUUCGGAUGCAGCAGAGUCAACGGAGGGUGGCACAAGCAGCACGUCGAAACCCAUC